CCUCUUCUAAGCCGUCUUCAUUGCACAAUUUUCACUAUAAAUAAAAGGAUCACCGGCAAUAAUUAGUACCUAAACCUCAUUAUCAUAACCAAGCGAGAAAAACUAAGGUUUAAAUGAUCUUUCAAUGACCGGCAAUCGGCCAGUGACCAUCCACAAAAAACUACUAGCGACGAUAUUUUUGGCGACGGUUAUCAUAAUCAUGUCACGCCCCUCAAUCCAGGACAGGAUUCAUGUCACCAAUAUGCUGAGCAACAAGAUAAUGAUAGUGCAUUGUCGAUCCAAAGACGACAAUCUCGGUGGCCAUGCCAUUGCCAUCGGCGAAGAGGUCAGUUGGCAUUUCGAUCCGGACUAUUUUGGUCUGACGACAUUUUGGUGCGAUCUCGCGGUCGAAGAUAAGCGUCUUUCUUUCACGGCGUUCAACGAUGAUGGUGAUAAACCGUACAUCGAAUCGUGGGAGGUCUACGACGAUGGAGUCUACGGAAACAGAAGUCUGCCCGGCGAACGGUUCAUGGGCGCAUGGAGGCAAAUUGGGACAAUUAAUUAGGUCCCCAAAGGGUUUGUGAGUGUUUAUGGUGCUUAAUUACUGAUUGAUCACUUCCUUCUCCUCUGUAAUUAUUCCCCUCCAUCUUAUAGGCGCUUACUUUAGCUGGAGAUAGUUCAAUAGAUUAAGUGAAGAAGGUUGUAAGAAGAGGUUGAGAUGGUACUGAUUUGAGUUGAGUCUUCUGCAACCAAGUUUCCUUUUGCGACGGCGCUGAUGAUCUUUAGUGACCAAUUGAUAUUUUUGUUCAACGACCAGCUUUAUUCACGAAAAAAGGUUAUGAAACGGGUUUUUUAUAAAAGGGCUUUUAAACUCUUGCUGCGAGUAAUUAAUGAUGGGGCAACCAUCCGAUUCACAGCGGACUGAAUAAUACCGAAAUGAUAUUUGGACAGAAUUAGACCAAUUUGAAUAUGAUUCGGUUUUGACCUUAUUAAUUAUUUUAAGUGUGCGAAAAAUUACAUCAAAACUUACCAAAAAAAAAAUUACAUCAAAACUGAGUUUGAACCGGACCGAAUCUAACCAUAUAUGAAUUUGGUCCUCAUUUUCCCUUUAUUUUUGGUCCGGUCCUAUCUCAAUAUCCGAUUCUGGACCGAAUCAAUCAAUGCCCAUGAUCACUACAAAUAAUAAGAAGUAUAUUGGCUGAGGGCCCUAUCCCUCCCAUAUUUUUCAUUUACAAGAAAAAGGAUAAGUUACUACAGAUCUUACUGCCAAAGGUAGGAGACAAGUUCUCCCACUCUUCUCUACCUCUCUAUGUAAGUAUUCUUCUCCUUGUUUGCUGGAUGAUAAGAAAUGGACACUAAUUGAAAUGAUUACUGAAAAUUGGAGCCUUGGAGGUGAGGUAGACAUCUUAAAUACUUCGAGUAUCACUUCAGUAUGAUAAUUCGAGGAGUUAAUUACCUUUCAUUGAUUUGCCACCAACAAAUACAUUUAUGGUUAUAUCGUUGCUGGGAAUCGUCAUUGCAUUGUUUUUAUUGAUUCCAGUAGAGUAAUUUUUUUUACCUAUCCAUGUGUUACUGUGCAGGUUGUCCAAAAAAAUCCACACCACAAUAUUUAAUCCUAACGACUCCUUAGACUCCUAAAGUUUUGUUCGUCUAGGGGUGUGAUUUGGUAUCUUUAAUGUGCGCCAAAUAUACCGGUCAAAUCAUAUAUCUCAGACUUUCCACAAGAAUUUGAAACUUUUCUGAGUUCGUUGUGUGUGAUCGACCACGUACACACUGCCGACUACUCAAACGAAAACCAACCCAUGGGCUUGAAGUUUGCACAGGCCCACCAUACCAUGUGCUUGAAAGAUAACGGUUAAUAUUGGGGUUCGUGGAGAUUCGAACACAUGACCUUUCGGUUCUAGGCUCUGAUACCAUAUCAUGAACCAGUUGAUCCCAAUAACUCGAGUUGUUGGGAGAGGUUCAAUCGUGGAUCUUAUACCACUCUCUAACAAAUAUAUGCUUUUGUAUGUGAAGUGCAAACUGCAAGAGAAUUGGCAUCUCCAGUGGCCGGCGGCGAUGGGGUUCGCAUACAAGAGAGUUUUGUUCCGUCGUCAAAGAACAAAGCACAGCUGAGAGUUGCCGAUCGGUAACAGAACAUCAGCAAAAUUAAACGACAAAUAAUAGUAAGAAUAGAGGCAGAGGACACCAACCCUCCUUAAUUCAAUACAAUAUGGUGAAGGUU